UCACCCUUCGAGCCGAAGACCAAGCCUCCAGACGAAUACUGCCUGAGUCUUGGGAAGAUCACAGAUGUGCUCAGGAGUGACUAUCCGGAUUUCUUUACCAGAGCUCCAGACUUCAGCAUUUACGAUGAGGCGCUGACACUGCAACUACGGAAGCCGUGGGACGAGCCAAAGCAGCUGGCCGGAUGCCUGUCGACUUACGAAACAUGCCUCACGAUGAUUCGCGCAUUCAGCAAGAAGUUGAUUCACGAUGGACUUGUUGAGUGCCAGGUCUGUGACGGCCGACCGUACGGUUUCGAUCUUCGGGUACACUGGACUUGCCAGGGAGAGCUGCGUUUAG